AUGUCUGUUUUCGCGUUCAAAUUUACCUCAAACACGUCACCCCCUCUCGAGCGCGCUAAUUCCGACGGAUCUGACACGACCAGUUCAACAUCCUUGCACCGGCGCGCUAAUUCCGACGCGUCGGACACGUUUAAUUCGACAAUCUUUCCUGAGUGCGCUAUUUCUGAUGCAGCUGACGUGUUUACUUUGACGAUGGGCCAUGGGUGCGUUAUUCCUCUCCCGCAUUCGACGACGACCUUCCAUAUUCCAAAUUAUGAUCCAGGCCUUGCCUUCAUUGAGGAACCGCAUUCCACGCCUGUCAAUCAGUUGAUCGGGACCUUCGAAUAUGAUCGAGAGAAUGGGUACGACUUGCAGUGGGACUCAUGGGCUGAAAUGGAGUCGUUUGUGUGUGCGGAGGAAGAAAGGAAGAACAUAGAGCUUGUUAGAAAAGAGAUAUGGCGUAACAAGAGGCCUAACAAGCGAUGGGUCGAGACCCACUACUUCGUUUGUGCACGCCAGGGAGCCGGUGGAGCCAGCAAGUACACAAAGAAGAAGCCUGGGUGGACGCGCAGUGUGCCACUCAAGCGCACUCGCUGUGACUGUCGUCUCACUGUAAAGACCUACCCAGGAAUGAGUGUUGUUCUUGGAGCGUAUCAAUCCGAGCACAUGCACAUGAUUGGGCAAGAAAACGCGUGCUUCACGCGUCUUCCAGACGCGGCACGCACAGAAAUUGAGAGAGGUUUGACUUUGAAGAAACUUUGGGCAAUGGCAUUACCACCCAGUGCUGCUCUAUCACUUCAGUCACCCACUACCAACUGA